AUGGAAUCUAGCAUUCCAAAUGGCGAUGAAAAGGCCAUAAUAUCGCAUUAUUUCAGGGAAGGAUACGAGUACACGGCUAUUUUGUCAUUUUUAUGUAAAUUCCAUGUUAUAAGAAUGAGUAUGAGGACCUUAAAAAACCGACUACGACAAUACAACCUUAGGAGAACAAUGCCUUCAUAUGACGUGAACUUUGUUCGUGAUCGGAUUAUGAAUGAGUUAAGCGGUGCAGGUAGUUGUGGUGGAUAUAGAAGUAUGUGGCAUUCGUUACGCUUACAAGGCAUUCAAGUACCUAGAAAGAUUGUGGAAGACAUGAUGAGGGAGCUCGAUCCAGAAGGUUGUGAGAACAGAAGAACGCGCCGGCUACUGAGACGGAGAUAUCGUUCCUCAGGACCUAACCAGAUAUGGCACGUGGAUGCCUACGUUAAAUUAAAGCCAUACGGUUUUCCCAUCCAUGGCUGCAUUGAUGGUUGGAGUAGACGGAUCAUGUGGCUGAAUGUAACUAAAUCGAGUAACAACCCAUAUGUAAUUGCUAAGUUUUACUUGGACUGCGUGAUGGACUUCAAUGGGUGUCCCGAGAAACUGAGAACAGACUGUGGGACAGAAAAUCGGGUCAUGGCGGCAAUGCAGUGCACCUUGAGAGAUGACAUACAAGCCUACAACUAUGGAACAUCACCAGCAAAUCAACGAAUAGAAGGCUGGUGGGCGUUUUAUAGGAGAAACAGAUCCAGUUGGUGGAUGGAUUUUUUUUAAGAAUUUCAUUGAUCAGAACAUUUUUAAUCCUGGCAAUGAGUUGCAGAUGGAGUGCCUGUGAUUCUGUUUCGCUAACCUGCUUCAAGACAAUUUGAACAAGGUUAGAGAUCACUGGAAUACCCAUGUGAUAAGACGCUCUAGGUAUGACACGGUGAGUGGGAGACCAAAUAAGCUAUUUUUCCUUCCAGAACUUCAUGGUGGCAUCGAGGAUUUUCUUUUCCCAGUAACAGCCGAUGAAGUAGAAUCUCUCAGAGAAGACUUAACA